UAACAGCAGAAAUGUUCUGGUUUGUGUCCUGAUGCUGCUUUUCAACAAUUUAGCAGCAGGUCUUUAAUAACAGGACUGUUACAGGUCAGUUGGCAGAUAUCGACCAUCGGGGCUGACUGAGGAGACAGGCUGUCAUGUGACGCCCCUGGAUGCUGCGUCAGAACGACCAUAAAGGGCUGCAAAGCUGUUUUAGGACAGACUUCCUUGUUUCAAACGACUAAUGAUAAAGUUCACCACAUCUACCAAAGGAAACCACAGACGGCACAAAAAUAAAGACACUUGCACAGACCUGUCACUUCAGAUCUGUGUUGAUCUGUGAACAUGGAGACAUCUGCUGGUUUCUGGCUCCUCGCAGUGCUGCUGUUAGUCGGCUUCACUCAGGCCCAGACUGUGGAGAAGUACUUCAAGGUUGGUGGCACACUUCAGCUCAGCCCUCAGCCGGUCUCUGGAGCGAUCACCAGCAUCGUGUGGAAAUAUGACAAAAUGCUGCUGGCUGAGUGGGUGAAAGGCUCGAUUGAUCUGACAUAUUACAGCAAAUUUAAAGGCCGAACAAAUCUGAACACUGACACAGGUGUGUUGGAGAUCAGGGACAUGACUGCGACGGACACUGGACUGUAUUCAGUGGAGAUCAACAACCAGGUCCAGAGUCGGCUUUAUCAGACUGUGGAGGUCGAAGCAGUGCCCCAGCCUGAGGUGAUUCUGCAGCCGCUGGCGUGUGAUCGAUCGUCGACAUGUGGACUGAAAUGUUACGGAGACAUUACAAAUGCCGGGCCUGUCACCUACUCCUGGAAGAAGGACGGCGGAGAGUGGGAAGACGGACAAGACAGAAGGGAUCUCAGCAAACUGGAAAAGGACAGCGUGAAAACUUUCACCUGCAGGAUGAAAAACCCAGUGAGCCAGAAAGAGAGCGAAGCCUUCAAAAAUCCCUUCCACCAAAGAAAACCAGCAAACAGUGACGAUCUGCACUGUGGACUCUGGGUCAUAACUUUAGGUGCUGUGAUGAGAUCUCUGGCGAUCCUCGCACUCUUUGUGGUGGUUGUCUACUUUCUGUGUCAGAAACUACAGACUGGCUGUAAAUGCAGAAAAAGUGAUGAUGAUGAUCCUGCAGUUUAAAGUGAACUGUCACCUUUGAUUUCCUGAUGAAGAGUAAAGCACAUCAGCUCUACUGAGAGGGAAGUUCAUGUUUAGCUUUGUUAAACUGCUCUGCUUCAUUUCUACAGUAAAUAUUAUUUAGCAUACAGUUAUGGUCAGCCAUGUUUGUAGUUUUCUUUGGUUCAUUUCUUGUAUUUUUAGAAUUUUUGGUUGUUCUCUGUCUUUGUUUCUUUUGUUGUCUUAUUUUGGUAAUCAGUUUUUUUUCGCUUCCUGUCUUUAUCUAUUUUUACUUCUGUCAGUUAGUUUUGCUUCUUUAUUUCUGUGUAUUUAUACUUCUUAAUGUAUUUCUCUUGGUAUUCGUGUGUUUCCCACAUAUGCCCGUCAUUCCUGCCCUCUUAUUUAUCUCGUCAGGAUUCUGGGCUUUUCCUGUUUUUUGCUUUAAGAACUAAAAGCUCUGCUUUGGUUCAUCAUCCCCGUCUCACUGCUCCUGCAUUUUAAACACUGUGACGAGGCAGAAAAAGGUGGAAAUAUUCAGAUGUUGUGUGCUCAGCCUGCACGAGCAUCAGUUUUCAUUCUGCAGACAGAGGUAGAUAUUAUUCCAGCAGAGCUGAGAUGAUGAUGAUGAUGAUGAAAUGUUUUGUCCUGCAGUUGUGACACAUGUUGAUUGUACAGUGGAGGCUUUGCUGCUUGGCUGGUGAUCACACCGUCACAUUAUCUCUGUUAUGUGAGCUGUUCUGUAAUAAAUGUGUUUAUUUGUCUCUGU